GCAGCCAUUACCGGUGAGGGGCUGAUUCAUGCCUUCACCGUCCACCUCACUUCACUGUUCUUGUCCCUGUUCCUUCUUUCUGUUUAUCCUGUGCUUAGGAGCUAGAGGGAUCGGCCUGAAUUCCACUCUGUCCUGUGACUUCCCUGCUUAGAGCCCUCCAUGGUUCCCAACCACCCAGGAGAAAUGCCAGCUUCCCACCCGGGUGUACAAGACUCUGCAGGAUCUGUUCCCUGCCUGUUCUCUGACUUCAUCUCUUCCACUCUCCCCUCAUUCAUGAUGCUCAGGCCAUACAACCUUCCUUCUACUUUCUCUCCAGAUGUGCCAUUAUACAUGCUGGUCCUUCUGCCUGGAACACUAUCUCUCCCUCGGAUACCCUCUUUUCCCUUACCCCUUUUGGAAGAAAAGUACAGGUGUUAAAAGCGUAGUUUUAAAUUUGGAACCGGGUGGCCUGGAUUGAAAUCUUGAUUUAAUCUUUUAUCAAUUAACUAUCCUUCUGUACUUCUCUGGACCUCCAUUUCCUGAUCUAGGAAAUGGGCUUGCCUUCAGGAUUAAUGAGAUAAUGCAUGUAAAGGUGGCUGGGAGAGUCACAAUUUCUUGGCCUCACGCCCUCUCUGACCAGAACUCCCCUAGCUCAAUAGAGCUGGCAGCAUCCCAGCCACCCCUGCUUUCAAGAAACUUCCUCCGCCCACAGAAGCCUGAAUGCACCCCUUGUGCUGCCUGAGUCAUCCUGCCGCAGUUAGCCGCCCCCUGAAGAAAGACUCCUCUCCAGUGUGGGGACUAAGGCAUGGCACCCCUCCCCCAGGCUUCUCUUUCUUCCUCUGUAAAAUAGGGAUGAGAACAGCCUCUGCCUCACCAGGUGGUUGAGGGCUUGCUGUGAGCUAGUUAUGGGUAAAGCAUAGAGCCCAGGCCCUGGCACAAGGCAGGUAUCCAUGAAGGGGAAGAGGCGGAGGAGGGCCUUGAGGGGAGGGUGGGAUGGUGCCAAGUGGGUGUCUCCCCCAGGAUGACAGGCUUGCACAGGUGCCCGGGCCCCACAAGUGAACAUUCAUGAUUGCCUGGUUGGCUGAGAGUGUCAUGCUUCAGAAGAACGUUUCCUUGAAGCAGCCUACUUCAGGGCAGGUCAGCUUGGGCAGUGCCAACACCAAGCCUCCAGCCAAGGAGCUGCCAGCAUCUCAGCUUUGUCCACUCACUACUGAGACCUGGCUGAACUGAGCCUAGCUGGGCUUCCAGGAGUUCCCACCAGUAGGAGCUCCCACCCAAAAGAACGAGGUCACUGGCAGCUUUUGAACCAGCUGGGCACUGGCUGGAGAGGCUGGGUCCAUGCUGGCAGCAAGGCUGCAUUGGCUGCCCUGUGUCCAGGAGACCUGAUCCAGGCCAUCAAUGGUGAGAGCACAGAGCUCAUGACACACCUGGAGGCACAGAACCGCAUCAAGGGCUGCCACGAUCACCUCACGCUGUCUGUGAGCAGGCCUGAGGGCAGGAGCUGGCCCAGUGCCCCUGAUGACAGCAAGGCUCAAGCACACAGGACCCACAUCGACCCUGAGAUCCAGGAUGGCAGUCCAAUAACCAGCAGGCGGCCCUCAGGCACCGGGACUGGGCCAGAAGAUGGCAGACCAAGCCUGGGAUCUCCAUAUGGACAACCCCCUCGCUUUCCAGUCCCUCACAAUGGCAGCAGCGAGGCCACCCUGCCAGCCCAGAUGAGCACCCUGCAUGUGUCUCCACCCCCCAGUGCUGACCCAGCCAGAGGCCUCCCACGGAGCCGGGACUGCAGAGUCGACCUGGGCUCCGAGGUGUACAGGAUGCUGCGGGAGCCGGCCGAGUCCGUGGCUGCGGAGCCCAAGCAGUCAGGCUCCUUCCGCUACUUGCAGGGCAUGCUAGAGGCCGGCGAGGGUGGUAAGACGCCUGCCACCUGUCCCCACUUGCCUUCCCACUCCCUGCAGUGCCCAGGUUGCCCCCUAGCGACCCCACAUCCCUCCUCCCAGUCACCUGCCCUCCUCGGUCUCUGCGGCCCGGUCCCACACCCUUGCUACACCCUUGCUACGCCCUCGUUUCGUGAUUCCCACUCCACCCCCUGUCGCUGCCCCUCACCCCACGCCCGCCAAACCCAUUCCCCAGUCUCGGUGCCGAUGGCCCAUCCAGCGCCCAACCAAACACCCCGCAGAAAUGGAGUUCUGACCUCCUUACCCCGUUCAUACCACCUACGCUCCGGGUUUCAGGGGAGCGGCCCGGGCCUGGCGGACCCCGGAACCUCAAGCCCACGGCCAGCAAGCUGGGCUCUCCGUUGAGCGGCCUGCAGGGGCUGCCCGAGUGCACGCGCUGCGGCCACGGCAUCGUGGGCACCAUCGUCAAGGCGCGGGACAAGCUCUACCAUCCCGAGUGCUUCAUGUGCAGCGACUGCGGCCUGAACCUCAAGCAACGUGGUUACUUCUUUCUGGAUGAGCGACUUUACUGUGAGAGCCACGCCAAGGCACGCGUGAAGCCGCCCGAGGGCUACGACGUGGUGGCGGUGUACCCCAACGCCAAGGUGGAACUCGUCUGAGCUGGGCCCCUGCUCCCGCCCCUGCUUCUUAAGGUCCCUACUCGGCCGGUGUAAAUAUGUUUCGCCCUGUCCCUCUAAUAAAGUUCCUCUGCUCCACCUUGAA